GCUACUGGUGCACACGUCAACUACGAUAGCUUUAUCUGCGUUUUUCUUAGCCAUGGUAACAGAAAACUUAUAACUGACAAGAACGACAAAAAAGAUGUUGUAGAUUGUAUAAUUGCGAAAGACAGAGGUGAAAUUUAUCUACAAGAUGUAUAUGAUCAAUUUUCCGGCCAUAAAUGCCCGUCAUUGGUGGGAAAGCCAAAGAUUUUUAUUACACAGGCUUGCCGUGGUAACGAUCAGGGUGAAGGUAUCCCCGUUCCAAAUCCUUCAGACACUUUAUAUGCGACGGAUAAUAUCAGUAAUUCCGAUAAACCUGGUAAUUUGAGGCACCCCUACAGUGAUUUUCUAAUGGCUUACUUGACCGUACAGGAUUUUCAGUCCUUAAGGGAUACAGAAAAUGGAUCGUGGUUCAUUCAGGAAUUCGUAAGAGAACUGGAAUCGAAUUAUAAAAGUUUCGGUUUAUUGGAUAUGCUAACUAAUGUAAACCGUAGGCUACAAAAUUAUGUACUUGACAAAGAAAGCAAGUCUUGUGUGCAGCAACCAUUGUUUGAAAGUUCUCUUUCUAAAAAAUUCUACUUCUCUGAUGCGUAA